CGCCAUUCUUUAUCUCCCUCCUCACUUCCUGCUCAGCCAUGCCAUUUUGGAAUCUCCAAGAUCAGCUGGGAAUCAAUGUGGACAAAUGGAUGCUGCAUCAAAGCUCAGAGCAGCCCUACAAACGGGCGGCUGUGUGCCAUGCCUUUGAGAAGGAAUGGAUUGAGUGUGCCAAUGACAUUGGGCAGAUUCGUGCACACAAGGAGUGCAGACUAGAAUAUGAAGACUUGCAAGAGUGUGUUAAUAGGCGCAAAACGAUAAUUCGUCUGAUGACAAUUGUGGCACAGAAGAAGCAGCUGAUAAAGGAAGGGAAAUACACACCACCUGAACACCACAGUGGCAAACCGGAGGCCAGGCCUUGAUCUGCUGCUGGUGACAUCGAGUCCCUCUGACAGCACAGCUAACCAUGCAUCACCCUCAGUGCACGUGUUGUGGGAAUGAAACUCUUCUGUUAAAGUUAGCCCAGGUAUGCCCUGUGUGCAGCAGUUCUGCUGCUGGCUGUCUCUCUCCUGCAGGCCAGCCCUGCAGAGGAUAGAUGUUCUGAAUAAAGGACCUGUCACCUUUUAGAUUAAGUGACAGCAGUGUCUGUAACUGAUCAGUUCAGAAAUUAAAUCUCUCCUUUGGAACCCUC